AAACCUCCACGGACUCACUCUCUUCUCCUCGAUUACAAUCGCCGAUUAAAAACCAACAAAAUGAAGGCGGAGCUAAAUUUACCGGCGGGAUUCCGAUUUCACCCGACGGACGAAGAGCUAGUGAAGUUCUAUCUCUGCCGGAGAUGCGCGUCGGAGCCGAUCACCGUUCCGGUGAUCGCGGAGAUUGAUCUGUACAAGUUCAAUCCGUGGGAGCUUCCAGACAUGGCUUUGUACGGAGAGAAAGAAUGGUACUUCUUCUCACACCGAGACCGGAAAUACCCAAACGGUUCGCGUCCAAACCGGGCAGCUGGAACCGGUUAUUGGAAAGCGACUGGAGCUGAUAAACCGAUCGGUAAACCGAAGACGUUGGGGAUUAAGAAAGCGCUUGUCUUCUACGCAGGGAAAGCUCCGAGAGGAGUGAAGACGAAUUGGAUUAUGCACGAGUAUCGCCUCGCUAAUGUUGACCGGUCUGCUUCUUCGAACAGGAUGAACAACUUAAGACUUGAUGAUUGGGUGUUAUGUCGGAUUUACAAUAAGAAAGGAACGGUGGAGAAGUAUUAUCCGGCGGAUGAGAAAGAGAGGGUGAUGAUGGUGAUUACUAAUACUACUACGACGUCGGAUUCGAAAUGCUCGAGUCACGUGAUUUCACCGGACGUCACGUGUUCCUCCGAGGUUCAGAGCGAGUCGAAAUGGGUUGAUCUUGAGGACGCGUUUGAUGCGUCCAUGUUUGGUUCCUUGCUGCAAAAUGACGCUUUUGUCCCUCAGUUUCCGUAUCAGUCUGAUUUCGCCGCUAUGUUCGAGGACCCGCUGGAGCAGAAACCCUUCUUCAAUUGGAGUUUUGGUUCUCAGGGGUAAAGUUGUAAAGAGCAUAGAGUUUGAAAGCUUUCUCAGAGUACCCGGCAAAAAGCACCGGAGGGGGAACUCGGUGUCGGAUCCUGACCCGGAAACCAAGCUGGGCUAAACAAGUUACUGAGACUUUCAACACUUCAGGUUAUUCAACAUCUGAUGAAAGGACAAAUGAAGUUGUCCACUGGUCUAUCAGACACUCAUCAGCAAGAUUGACGUAUGUUUUUAUGUUUUGUUUUGUUUUUUUUUUCUGGUCGAAAAAAAAAAAAAAAAAGAACUGUAAAAGAAACCGAACUGUAAAAGGAGUUUCAAAAAAAAAAAAAACU